AUGCACGUUCUUUUGACCAACGACGACGGUGCUCCGCACGAGACCGCCAGUCCAUACAUCAAGUUCCUUGUGGAGGCUAUCCAGAAGUACACUAACUGGGACCUCACCAUCUGCGUGCCCGCCUCCCAGAAAUCCUGGAUCGGAAAGGCCCAUUUGGCAGGAAAGGACAUCUCUGCCUCCUAUAUUUACUCGGCGAUCGACCAGCCUGCAGACAGUUCUUUCCACGGACCGUUUUCCCAUCCCAAUGCCGACUUUUCCAAGGACCCAAACAUGAAAGAGUGGUGUCUUCUAGAUGGAACUCCUGCCACUUGCGCUGACAUCGGAAUCAACCAUAUCGCCGAGAAGCCGGUCGAUCUUGUGAUCAGUGGGCCGAAUGUUGGAAGAAACUGCUCCGCACUUUACUCUUUGUCUAGUGGAACCAUUGGAGGAGCAAUGGAGGGUGUGCAGCACGGCAAGAGGGCGGUUGCUGUGUCUUACGCUUUUGAGGCCGAUUCUUUCAACGACCCUAAAAUUUUAACCGAGGCCUCGUUGAUUUCCGUCAAACUCAUUGAAAAGCUGCUUUCUGCGUGGGACGAUCGUGUUGAUCUGUACACCGUGAACGUUCCGCUGAAAAAAGACCUGAAGCUCGGCAAAACCAGGUGUGUGAUGGCACCGACCCUUGAUAACAAGUGGAUGAAGUCUCUGUACACCGCCAAAUCUGAGAGUCCUGACCAGCCGGCCUCAGAUAUUGUGGACCAGAGCGUCACCCACGGAAAGAUCUUCAAGUGGACUCCAGACUUUGACUCUGUGCACAAGAAUCUCGGUGACGAGAGCGUUUUGAAUGACAUUAGAGCCGUGGAGCAGGGACUUAUUUCCGUCACAGCUCUAAAGGCAGCAUUCAAAGAGAUUGACGAUCUCAACACUGGCGAGCUGAUCAUCGAGUAA